CGCCAUUACAGGGCCGAGCUCCCGAGCUAGGGCGAGCUGAGGAGGAGCCGCAGCCGCCGGGGGCCGAGCGCUGCAGGGAGAGCCAGCGGGCCGGCGCCAGCGCCCAGCGACCGCCAGGGACCACAAGAACACCCCAGGAACCGGUGGCGGAGUGUGCGUGUGGCCCGUCUGCGGGCGGCGGCGCGGGAGCAGCGCGGAGCGGCGGCCGGUUCGGGCGGGUGGCAUCAUGGACGAGAAGGUGUUCACCAAGGAGCUGGACCAGUGGAUCGAGCAGCUGAAUGAGUGCAAGCAGCUGUCCGAAUCGCAGGUUAAGAGCCUCUGCGAGAAGGCUAAAGAAAUCCUGACAAAAGAGUCCAACGUGCAAGAGGUUCGAUGUCCAGUUACUGUCUGUGGAGAUGUACAUGGGCAAUUUCAUGAUCUCAUGGAACUGUUUAGAAUUGGUGGCAAAUCACCAGACACAAAUUAUUUGUUUAUGGGAGAUUAUGUCGACCGAGGAUAUUAUUCAGUUGAAACAGUCACACUGCUUGUAGCUCUUAAGGUUCGUUACCGUGAACGCAUCACUAUUCUUCGAGGGAAUCAUGAGAGCAGACAAAUCACACAAGUUUAUGGUUUCUAUGAUGAGUGUUUAAGAAAAUAUGGAAAUGCAAAUGUUUGGAAAUAUUUUACAGAUCUUUUUGAUUAUCUUCCUCUCACUGCCUUGGUGGAUGGGCAGAUCUUCUGUCUACAUGGUGGCCUCUCUCCGUCCAUAGAUACACUGGAUCACAUCAGAGCACUUGAUCGCCUACAAGAAGUUCCCCAUGAGGGUCCAAUGUGUGAUUUGCUGUGGUCAGAUCCAGACGAUCGUGGUGGUUGGGGUAUAUCUCCUCGGGGAGCUGGUUACACCUUUGGCCAAGAUAUAUCGGAGACAUUUAAUCAUGCCAAUGGCCUCACAUUGGUGUCUAGAGCUCACCAGCUGGUGAUGGAGGGAUAUAACUGGUGCCAUGACCGGAAUGUAGUCACAAUUUUCAGUGCUCCAAACUAUUGUUAUCGUUGUGGUAACCAAGCUGCAAUCAUGGAACUUGAUGAUACUCUAAAAUAUUCUUUCUUGCAGUUUGAUCCAGCACCUCGUAGAGGCGAGCCACAUGUCACUCGUCGUACCCCAGACUACUUCCUGUAAUGAAAUUUUAAACUUGUACAGUAUUGCCAUGAACCAUUUAUUGACCUAAUGGAAAUGGGAAGAGCAACAGUAACUCCAGAGUGUCAGAAAAUAGUUAACAUUCAAAAACUUGUUUUCACACGGACCAAAAGAUGUGCCAUAUAAAAAUACAAAGCCUCUUGUCAUCAACAGCCGUGACCACUUUAGAAUGAACCAGUUCAUUGCAUGCUGAAGCGACAUUGUUGGUCAAGAAACCAGUUUCUGGCAUAGCGCUAUUUGUAGUUACUUUUUGCUUUCUCUGAGAGACUGCAGAUAAUAAGAUGUAAACAUUAACACCUCGUGAAUACAAUUUAACUUCCAUUUAGCUAUAGCUUUACUCAGCAUGACUGUAGAUAAGGAUAGCAGCAAACAAUCAUUGGCGCUUAAUGAACAUUUUUAAAAUAAGUACCAAGCCUCCCCUUUACUUGUGAGUUUUGAACUUGUUUUGUUUAUUUUCAGGGAUACUGUUUAAUUUAAUUGUAUGAUUUGUCUGCACUCAGUUUAUUCCCUUCUCAAAUCUCACCCCUAUGUUCUUUGUUAUUGUCAGAACCUGGUGAGUUGUUCUGAACAGAAAUGUUUCCCCCUUCCUGUAAGACGAUGUUACUGCACAAGAAUACUGCAGUGUUUUUCAUAAUAAACUUGUGAACUAAGAACUGAGAAAGUCAAAUUUUAAUUGUAUCAGUGGGCAAGACUGGUGCUGUUUAAAGAUAAAUCUUUAAUAAAUUUUAGAAUUUGUAGAAUACUAGGUAAACUAAAAUAAAUAUCAAGGCCACUACACGACCUCUCUGGUAACUUUCUGACAUUCUUCAGAUGAACUUCAGGAUUUCUUUGUGUUACCUAUAGUGUAAUUUGUCAUAUUGCUGGUAUACUUUAAACUUGUCUUUAAGAAGGGAAAUCUGUGCUGCUUUGGUAAGAUCUAAUUGUUAAACUAUGUAACAUCAGGGUUCCGGUGUUAGGAUUUGUUUAAAGUGGCAUGUUUUCAGGUAGAGCUUAAAUGAUGUGUCUACUUAGUACAGUUUCUGGUUAUAAAUAUUAUAUUGCUAUGUAUAUUUAAGAGUUACAUGAACUUUUAAAAAUAAUUGACAGAUUGGUAAGUUCUUAACAAAUAUCUGUACAUUGCCUGUUGAAUCAUGUGAUCUUAAUGUCUUAGAAAGCUGUUAAAGCAUUAACCUGUAAGUGAUAAUCAGUGAAAGCAAAUAGAAAAUUAUUAUUGGAUCAUUGUUUAGUGUAAAGUACAUUUACCCAAAAGGAAGUGGCGUUUGAAGUGCCAGUGCUCAACAUUUAAUGAGUUUUCCCCCUUCUUAUCCUUUGAAUAGGAUUAGAGGUUCUGUGCAAACUAAUACUUGAUUUUUUUAAGCUACCAGGGUACACUUCAGAGAACUAAUCAUUAAUUGUGUGUGAGUAUAGCUAAUAAACAUUUCUUUGCUUUGUA